CCCAGAGAGGGGGAGGAGGAGGGCGGCCCAGGUGUGCGUGUGUGAAUAUCAAUACAGGCGGCUGCACGGUGCAGAGACGGCAAUUGUGCCCCCCGUUAUAUUCCACCAACCAGAGGUUUCACUGCCCAACGUCCAACUACGGCAGCCCGGGCAGUCCAAGCUUCCUUAGCAAGAUGAAUGGCGUCGAUAUAGACCUGCGCAUCACCCAGCCGGACUGGACCCCCACCAUGUACUCUCUGUUUGAGGACGACAGCAGCAGCAGCGCGGGGUCACCCAACACCCCCACAUUCAGCCUGAAGGCCAGCGAGAGUGAGGACAAUGACCCCGAUACAGAAGAGAAGCUGUGCAGUGUGUGUGGGGACAAAGCCAACGGCUACCACUUCCACGUCCUGACCUGCGAGGGCUGCAAAGGGUUCUUCAGGCGUUCCGUCAGCAAAGGCCUACACUUUACCUGCCCCUUCACCCGUUCCUGCCCCAUUACCAAAGCCAAGCGGCGGCGCUGCCAGGCCUGCAGGCUACACAAGUGCUUCUCUGUGGGGAUGAGGAAAGACAUGAUAAUGAGUGAGCAAGCACUGGCGGAGCGCCGGGCCCUGCGGAGCAGGAAGAAGCAGGAGCGGCAGAGCAGGAGGGAGCCGGGGCCCGCGCUGGGGGCACUAACGGAGGAGCAGUUGCAGUUGGUCUCCCUUCUCUCUGAGGCGCAACUCAAGCACUUCGACCCCACUCUCUCCAACUUCAAGCAUUACCGGCCUCAGCCCUUAGUGCACGUGUUCGUGUACAACAAUCACACAAUCCCGAGCCCAGCGCCGUUCCCUACAAGUGGCCUCUUCCCUGAUCUGAACCUCUCGGACCCCAAGUACAAAAACCUGUCGGCGAAUCCCCAGCUGAUCUCCAGCGGAUCUUUCCUGCCCGACGUCCUCAACGACCUGCCGCACUUUGCAGAUCUCAGCACGUACAUGAUCCAGCAGGUCAUCCAGUUCGCCAAGGAGAUCCCAGCGUUCCGGGCGCUGCCUAUGGAGGACCAGAUCUCACUUCUGAAGGGAUCGUCCAUGGAGGUGGCCCACGUUCAGUUCAACAGGGUCUACAACAUCGAGACCAACGUGUUUGAGUGUGGAAAACAUAAAUUCAGCAUAAGACAUGGCGUCAUAACCGGAUUCCAAGAGAUGUACCUGGAGCCAAUGAUGAAGUUUCAGAUCAUGUUGAGGAAACUCAAUCUCCACGAGGAAGAAUAUGCCCUGAUAGAAGCCCUCUGCCUCUUCGCUCCUGACCGGCCAGGUGUGGUGGAACAUGAUAUUAUUGAUGAGAUGCAGGAGAACUUGGCUUUAACCUUGAAAUGCUACAUGGAUCUUCACCACCCACCACCAGAGGGCAGGUUCCUCUACCCUAAACUCCUCUCCCUGCUGACCGAACUUCGCACUUUGAACGAGGAGUACACCCGUCAGAUCCUUCACAUUCAGGAUAUUUCUUCUGAAAACGUCACCCCUCUGAUGAAAGAGAUUUUAUUCUAAAACUUGCAGCCUCCCGACCCACGGACACAGUUGGGAGGUAACGUCCACAAUUACGAGACUCUACGAGACUCUACUGAGGGGUUUCUACAGAUGCACAAGAAGUGGUGGAUUACUCAAACCCUGGAUAAUCAUCACUAGGCCUUGGUCCUACACAGUAGUGUAGUCUCGUUGAGGACGUGUUGAUGGUGAUUCCAAGUGGACCUUCACUUUGCACUUACUAAGCCCUCCGGGGCUUGCCUUCUUUAUCUUAUCUUCAUAACGACUUACCUUGAGCCAAUGAAGGAGCUCUCUCUAGGGGGUCCAACAUGCAAACCACAGUGAUUGUAGCCCAACAACCUUGUAAGCCUACUCAUGCUGCUUCUCCCCACCCCACAACACAAGACUGUGCAACGUUGCCAAAAUAUAGACUGAUGUGUCCAUGUUGCCAUAUGGUUUCAACCUUAAGGUCCCCAUACACGGGCCGAUUCGCUCGCUUGGUGAUGUCGCCAAGUGAGCAGAUCUUCUUCAGAUAUCCCCACCUACGGGUGGGUGAUAUCGGGAGAAUCCAGGCUAAUUCGAUCUGGGGCCAAACAAUGGAAUUAUAACGGCGGUUUUAGGCAAAGUCGGUCUGGGGACCUCAUCAACGAGCCGAUGCGGUCCCCGACCCGACUAGAUUUUCUAACCUGCCCAAUCGAGAUUAAGCUGAUUUCAGGCCAGAUAUUGGUCAGGCAGGCCCGUCGGUAGUGCCCAUACACGGCCAAUUAGCUGCCGAAUCGGUCUAAGGGACCCAUAUCAGCAGCUAGAAUCGGCCCGUGUAUGGGGACCUUAACCAAGAGCCCAAAUCAGCCUUACUUGCUGCACCAAUGAGGCCAGUUAUGAUUGCCCAACUAUUUUUGUACUAUUUUUUUAAUGCAGUGACACUUUAAUAUGUUCUUCAAGAUGUUUUUUUUAUGACCCACCAUGGUGGACCUUUUCUAUAUAUACAUAUAAUGUUUGACUAAGAUCCGAAAAGCCUUGGACUGAUUUUGAGUGUCCAUCAGCCUACUGGACCUUGGCAUUGGAAGUUCCGAGUCCUUUAUCCAGAAGGAAGACUAGGUUGCGUGAUCAAGGUGGAACACUCGAGGGUUCUUCUCGAAGGCUGCUAGGAACAACGUAGAGUAAGCCGCACACAGCGAGAAAAUCCAUUUGCUGAAUCAGCCAUGGAAGUACUUAUAAAUAAAAAAAAAAGUGCUUGGCCUAAGUAA